AAUAGCAGUGAAGGAAAGUGACAGUAAACUACAGAUUUAGCAGAAGCCAUUACUGAGCUCAGAACAGACGGAGACAGAAUGGCAUCUGGAUCUUCUCUCCUGGAAGAGGAGCUCUCCUGUCCUGUGUGCUCUGAAAUCUUCAGGGAUCCUGUUCUCCUGAGUUGCAGUCACAGCUUCUGUAAGGCCUGUCUGCAGCAAUACUGGGAUGAGAAGGGAUCUCGGGAGUGCCCAGUUUGCAGGAGAAGAUCUUCUAAGGCUCAACCUGCCUGUAACCUGUCUCUGAGGAAUACCUGUGAGGCGUUCUUAAAGGAGAGAAGUCAGAGAGCUAAAGCAGGAUCUGAAGUGCUCUGCAGUCUGCACAGUGAGAAACUCAAACUCUUCUGUUUGGAGGAUCAAACACCCAUCUGCCUUGUCUGUCAAACUUCAGAAAAACAUGAAAGCCACAAACUGCGACCAGUUCAGGAGGCUGCAGGAACGUGUAAGGAGAAACUCAGGACUGCACUAGCUCCACUGCAGGAGAAGCUAAAAGCCUUUAAUGCAGUGAAACAAAUCUGUGAUCAAACAGCAGAGCACAUCAAGAGCCAGGCCCAGCACACAGAGAGACAGAUAAAGAUGGAGUUUGAGAAACUUCAGCAGUUCCUAAAGGAUGAAGAGGCAGCCAGGAUCACUGCACUGAGGGAGGAAGAGGAGCAGAAGAGUCAGAUGAUGAAGAAGAAGAUUGAGAAGAUGACAGAAGAGAUAUCAUCCCUUUCAGAACAAAUCAGAGCCUUAGAACAGGAGCUGGGAGCUGAAGACCUAUCAUUCCUGCAGUGCACACUGGGAGAUCCAGAGAAGGUAUCAGGAGCGCUGGUUGAUGUGGCCAAGCACCUGGGCAAUCUGAAGUACAGAGUGUGGGAGAAGAUGCUGGGGACUGUUCAAUACACUCCUGUGACUCUGGACCCAAACACAGUCCAUCCCAAACUCUCACUGUCUGAGGAUCUGACCAGUAUGAGAUACAGUGGUGAGAGACAGCAGGUUCCUAAUAAUCCAGAGAGAUUUGAUGGGUGGUUGUGUGUGCUGGGCUCUGAGGGAUUCAGCUCAGGGAGACACUGCUGGGAUGUAGAAGUGGGGGGUGAUGAGUGGUGGGUGGUGGGUGUGGUUAAAGAGUCCUUCAGCAGGAAAGGGCAUGUGGAUCCGAGCCCAGCAGGAGGAGUGUGGGGUAUAGAGCGGUACAGCAGUGGGAUAUAUGCAGCCACUACCUCCCCACUCACAGACCUCACUGUGCUGAGGGACCUCCAGAGGAUCAGAGUGCAGCUGGACUGGGACAGGGGGGAGGUGUCAUUCUCUGACCCCAGUGACAACACUCCUCUCUACACUUUUAAACACUCCUUCACUGAGAGACUGUUUCCAUUCUUUGGUACUCUGGGGACCGUGCGGAUUGGUCCACUGAAGGUGUCUGUCAGUGUAAAAUAGCACUGAGGGAUUGUGGGUAAA